ACAAAAAAAAAAUACUAAAGAUGCGGAGUGUAUAGGGAUUCAGAUUCGCGCCGUUUAUUGCAAUUAUAUUGUUUAUAAAAUCGUUGCAAAAGUGAAGAAUAAAUGCGUUCGGUUAAUAAAUAUCACUGAACGUUAUCGAUAUAACCGAAAAGAUAGUUUGUAAGAUACAAAUGCAAUAAUAUAUUUGUAGCCUAACAAUUUUGCUCAUCAAAAGGUGGUUACCAUAACCGUGGGUAAGGGAAGCGCGCGUAGUCAACUUGCGCGUUUGUGAGUGUGUGUGCGUUUGUGCUAACAGUGGUAGUAGUGGUAUUGUGAGCAAAGUGUAGUUGCAAAAAAUUAAGAAGACGAGAAAAAUGAAAAAAAUGCCACCGCAAAAGAAACGCGAGAAGGAAGCCAGAGAUUCGGGAAAUGCUUCUGCGUCCAGUAACAAUGGAACCAUAUCUAAUCAUAAUAAUAAUUUGGCCACACAGGCCAACAAUAAUCAUGGAAUCAAUGGUAAUACGUUAGCGUCGGAAACUGCAAGCAAUAAUGCAACAGCGUUAACGUCGGCGUCAACAGAGCAGAUCAAACUUAAUGGCCAUCAACAAGAGCAGGAACUCUUUUUACAGGCAUUUGAGAAACCUACGCAAAUCUAUCGGUUCCUUCGUAAUCGCCAUGGCACUAGCCCUAUAUUUCUUCAACGUACUCUCAGCUAUAUGAAGGAACGCAUGUCUCGUAAUCACAAAAAACGUAGCACAUUUAAAAUCAACUCAAUGUUGGACGCUUUAACACAAAAGAGUCAAACAGUGACCAACAACUUUUUGAAUAUAAUCUACUUUGGACUGUUUGAAAAAAAUCCCAGUAUGGAGCAUAGCUGGCAGAAGGGAGAUGUGGUGACGGUGGAGGCAACCUUAUACAAAAUCACCAAAAGCAAGAGGAAGGACAGCACUUCAGAUUUCCAGGAAGUUUUGACAUAUGCGUCCACUGUUAUUUAUAAUCCUCAUGAGAAUAUGGAUCAAAUGACAGCUAUUUCCAUACCGGGUCAGUCUAUACAAUCAUUGGGCGAUCAACAUACAAUAUAUAAACUUUUGUUUCGUAUAAAAGUUACGCCUUCAGGCAAUGAAAAUGUCGGAGGAGGUAAUAAUGAAACCCCAACUAAACGCCCAAAAAUAUCUACGAAACUUUAUGGCUGUGAAGUUAUUGUAUAUGAGAAAAAUAUUGGCUGUAUUCCAGAAGGCGAUUACGAUGCUGCUCUGCAAGAGCUCAACUCUUCGAUAAUAAAAUCAUUUUCACCAAAGAAACGUAGCUGGGAAACCCUUCCUGACAAUUACAUUCCGAUAUCAAUGAAGUUUGAUGUUUUCUCCCAAUAUCCCACACUAAAGUUUCGCCUUACCUGGUCGUCAGUAGAACUCCCAAAUGAAAUAGUUUCCAAGGAUAUGGACAAAUAUGGAUGUUUUGCUGAAAUAACAAAUGGCAUAGAGCACGAAGACAAUUCGUCUACACAUGAACAGCUCAACAACAACAAUAACAACAAUCACAACAACAAUAAUAAUUGUACUAAAGGAUCAGCAACCAAAGGUGGUUCAAGGGGUGCCAAUGCUUCGAGCAGAAAACCCUUGGCUAAGACGGAGAAAAUACAAAUUGUUUAUAAUUUUUUGUACAGUAACAAUACACGUCAACAGACGGAAUAUACCCAAGAAGUCAUUUGUCCCUGGUGUGGUUUAGAUUGUAUGCGACUCUAUUCAUUGCUGAAACAUUUAAAGUUGUGUCAUGCCCGCUUUAAUUUUACCUAUCAGCCUGCAGCAGGAAAUGGUGCAAGAAUCGAUGUUACAAUAAAUGAUUCUUAUGAUGGUUCUUAUGCUGGGUCCCCCUAUGAUCUGGCUGGACCAUCUGGAUGUUCCUUUGCUCGAACCUGCGGUCCUGUAAGACGUACUUCUGUAACAAAUUUGUUGGUGUGUAGACCUCGUCGUCAGAAAACAUGCCUGGAUGAAUUUUUGGAAUUGGACGAAGACGACUUGUCCAAUCAAAGGCCUUACAUCACUGGUCACAAUAGACUUUACCACCACACUGAAACCUGUUUGCCUGUGCAUCCCAAAGAACUAGAUAUUGAUUCGGAAGGCGAAAGUGAUCCUUUGUGGUUGCGCCAAAAGACCAUACAAAUGAUCGACGAGUUUACUGAUGUCAACGAAGGUGAAAAGGAACUGAUGAAAUUGUGGAAUCUCCAUGUUAUGAAACAUGGUUUUGUGGGUGACUGUCAGUUACCCAUUGCUUGCGAAAUGUUUCUUGAAACCAAUGGCUAUGAAAUCAUACGCAAAAAUAUAUAUCGAAAUUUUAUUUUGCACAUGAGUUCGUUGUAUGAUUAUGGCCUGGUGUCACCAGAAACAUUUUACAAAAUAGUGCAAAAACUUCAAGGUAUAUUAAGUAGAUACCCUGAAGGUCAGGCCCUAAUGUCCCGCCAUCGAGAAGAACAAUUGAGAUAUUGGCUUGAAGUUGGUAUAUACAAACAGGAUGAGCAAAAGUUAAAGUCGCCACAGAAGCUAGCAGUGCCGCCUGCGUCUAGGAAUGCAAACGGGCAAAAUAAAAUAGUCUCCGAAACAGCGGCAAAUGGAAGCAAUAAAAAGUCAAUGCAGCCUCCUUCGAAGCGUUCUGGAACGGCACUUAAAAGAUCAAGUAUUCCAGCCAGUGCCAAUGCUAGUAGCAGUGGUUCGCCACUUAGUGGAGACAAAGCCACCGCAAAUGGUAAAAAUGUUGCUAAAAAAUCUGCUUCAUUGGACGACGAAGUCAAGGAAAAAACGCAAAACGGUUUAAGACGUCUAUCUAAUGGGUCAGAUAAAAAAGCUGAAAAUAAAUUUUCCGUCAAAGAUGGUAGUGAUAGUAAGGCACAAGGAACCAAAAGAAGGUUAUCAAUGAGAGAUGAAAGUGUCAAUGAAAGUGGUGUUGAUGAUGAUGCUGAUGAUGAUGAUGAUGAUGAUGAUGAUGAUGGCGAUGGCGAUGUUUUUGUUCAAGACAAUGAUGUCAAGAAAACUGUUGAUUUGUUAGGCAAUGCUCAAGAACAUAAUGGAGAAUCUUGUCUGCAGUAAAAUCAAUGAUUUCGGUGGAUUUCUCCUAUGAAUGCGCAAAAUUGGAUUUAUAUGUUCGCAUACUACGUAUAAUUAUGAAGACUAUUAUCUAUAGACUUUAGCACUAACUAGCCUACUUGGGUUAUGUUAAUUAUUAUAUAACAAGUCUUUGUAUUUUCUUUUGUUUUCUAUACACUUAAGCAUAACAAUAAGAAGUUCAGUUAUCGGACAACUUGCUGAAGGAAUAGAUUAGUAUAAGUUUUAUUUGUGAAUGUUUAAACAAUUCGCAAGCUGUCUAGGAU